AUGGUCAAGAAACCAGCCACGAAUCUCGCCACAUCUUCCAAGGGUAAAGGAGGGCCCUCAAACACGAAGGAGAUUGUUUCGAUAGACGAUAUCUUCGCUGCUCCUAUACCAAAAAAGCGUAAAGCGGAUGUUGUUGAAGGGGAAAUAAGUAAGAACGACAAGAGUAAAACCAAGAUCAAGAAUUACGAUGCACCUCAAGCUUCAACGUCAAGCUUAAAUCCCACUGAGGGCGAAAAUAAGAAGAAGAAGAAGAAACGUCCUCAAACGGAGAAUGUCGAUACUCAACCUGACAAACCAGAGAGAGUGGUGGAAGAAGUUGUGGAUCCAUCUUCUUUGAUUGAGAUACGGAAAAAAGUGGAAGCUGAAAAAGCAAAAAUGGUUAAAAGCGUUAAAGUGAAAAGUGGGAAAAGGGACGAUAAAGAUGUUGAAGAUGAUGAGUUAUUCGCUGAUUCGAGAGGUGAAGGUCCAAGACGAAAGACAGAAGAAGGUUUUUUGAUUUACAAGGAAGCAGAAUUGCAGAUAGAUCCGACUGCAGGUGGUACUCCACUAUGCCCAUUCGAUUGCGAAUGUUGCUUCUAA